AUGGCGAUAGAGUGGUUGGAGUGGGAAGCCCGCCAGCGAGAUAUUCAAAUCCGACACGAGUACAACAACACGGAGAAGCGUAUUGGUUCUCGUCGCCUUCCAGUUGAUGAUUUCCACGCUGAAUCGCAAACGGUGUUUCAGUUUCACGGUAAGUUGUUGUUUUAAAGUAAUUAGGAUUAACGUAAUUAAGUGGGAGUAAGUUAAUCAGUUUUUUAGCGAUUGCGUGGGCUUUUCUCUUGCAGGAUAAUUUAUUUUUCUUUUGUAGGAUCAUUAAUAUUGCACUUUAUUCUACUAGGUUGUUAUUGGCACGGCCAUGAUUGCCACCUGAAUGAGGGGAAAGAGGUGAAUACCAAACGCGACAAACACAUGGCAGAACUACUCGAAGAGACUCGAAAGAACAGCGCCUAUAUCAAGAAGCAGGGAUUCCAUCUCGUUGAGUGUUAGGAGUGCAAAUGGCGUGAAAUGAAAAAGACCAACAAAGACCUUCAACGCUUCAUCGCAACUCGAUUGCAUAGACCCCUGGACAAAGUUCAAACCAUGACUACGCAAUCCAUCAUCAACGCUGUAAAGGGCGAAACGUUAUUAGGAUGCGUCGAGUGUGAUAUCCGUGUUCCAGAACAUUUGCGAGAUCACUUUCAAGAGAUGUGUCCCAUCUUCAAGAACGUGGAGAUAUCUGGUGAAGACAUCGGCGACUACAUGAAAACAUACGCGGAAGAAAACGAUGUCAUGAAACAACCUCGACAUAGUCUCAUCGGGAGUAUGAUUGGAGAAAAAAUCCUUUUGGCGACCCCGCUAUUAAGAUGGUAUUUAGAGCAUGGUUUAGAGGUAAGUUUUAAAUAUUGUGAGCUUGUAAAAUUUCAGCACAAUUUCCAACAGAUUAUAUUAUUUUUUUAGGUAACACAUAUAUACCAAGUAAUAGAGUAUAGUCCUAAAAUGGGAAAACCUUCACAAACAAAGAGCGACAUCGCCAAGUCAAGUAUUGCGAUGAUGAGAAAGUACCCAGCUUGAUCAACUCGCCAUUCUUCCGCGAACUCAACACGAUUGAUGAUGAAACUUACGAAGUACAGAGC